GGCUUCCCCUCCCCGCCCGGCCCGCAGAGCCCGCGCCGCGGCCGCUCGGUGCUCGCAGGGGCUGCCAUGGGUCCCGCACGCUGGCUGGCGCUGAGCAGCCUGCUCGCCCUGGGAGCGCUGCUGGAAGGCCGGCUCGUGGGCGAGGGGGACGCCGGCUUUGGCGAAUGUGACCAGUUCUUUUACGCCGAGACCCCGCCUGCGGGUUUGGCGGCCGAGGGCCACGUGAAGAUCUGUCAGCGCUCCGAGGGCACCCAGCGCUUCGCCACCCUGUACAGCACCCGGGACCGCAUCCCCGUGUACUCCGCGUUCCGCGCCCCGCGCCUCGCGCCGGGUGGCACGGAGCAGCGCUGGCUGGUGGAGCCGCAGAUCGAUGACCCUGACAGCAACCUUGAGGAGGUGAUUAAUGAGGCUGACGCCAUCACUUCUGUGAAAAAUCUAGGAGGCAAGCAAGCCUUGAAUACGGAUUACCUGGAUUCUGAUUACCAGGGAGGACAGCUGUACCCAUUCUCCCUUAGCAGUGAUUUCCACACGGCCACGUUCACUCUCACAAAUGCAGUUCCGAUGACCCUGUCCUUCCAGGAACGGUGGUACAUGAAUCUCAACAGCCUAAUGGACCGGGCCCUGACCCCACAGUGUGGCGGUGGGGAUGACCUGUAUAUCCUCACAGGCGCCGUGCCCUCAGACCACAACGUCAAGGACAAAGUGACCAUCCCUGAGUUCGUUUGGCUGGCAGCCUGUUGUGCAGUCCCUGGAGGAGGCUGGGCCAUGGGAUUUGUCAAGCACACCCGGGACAGUGAUGUCAUAGAAGAUGUGAUGGUGAAAGAACUUGAAAAACUGCUUCCAUUUAACCCUCAGCUGUUCCAGAACAACUGUGGUGAAAAGGAACAAGACACGGAGAAAAUGAAAAAAAUCCUGGAAAUGGUUAACCAAGUUCAGGAUGAAGAGCGAACAGUGAGAUCUAAAGAGACCUCUAGUCCCCUCUCCAGCACAAAGAGCAAGAAGUCUGCUCUCCUGCCUCCAGAGGCAUCUGAGGAAAGGAGUAGCUUUUUGGGAAAACUCAUAGGCUUCAUUGCUACCCCAUUCAUCAAGCUUUUCCAAUUAAUUUGUUACCUCGUAAUAGGAAUCCUAAAGAGCAUUGUGUAUUUCCUGUGGUAUGUCACCAAGCAGGUGAUUAAUGGCAUAGAAAGUUGCCUUUAUCGCCUGGGUUUAGCCACCAUCUCGUACUUCUUGGCCAUUGGGGAAGAGCUGGCAAGCAUUCCCUGGAAGGUACUCAAAGUCAUAGCCAAAAUCAUCAGGGCCAUUCUCCGGAUCCUUUGUUGUCUGCUCAAGGCCGUUUGUCGCAUUCUGGGCAUCCCUGUCCGAGUCCUUGUGGAUGUGGCCACUUUCCCUGUGUAUACUAUGGGUGCAGUUCCAGUUGUGUGCAAGGACAUUGCAAUGGGACUUGGUGGCACCAUCUCUCUGCUCUUUGACACUGCUUUUGGCACCAUGGGUGGCCUAUUUCAGGUUAUUUUUAGUGUCUGCAAGCGAAUUGGCUACAAGGUUACUUUUGACAAUUCUGGAGACUUAUAGAACUCAAAAUAUUAAUAGUGUUCAGUCACAGUGAAUUUGAUUUUUUUUUUUUAAAUAGAGAAAGCUGAAAUACUUUGUAUAGUGGGUUUGUGUUCAUUGUCAAUUAUCAUUAUAUUUUGGCCUUUGGUGGGAAUCUCUGCAUGUUUUUGCAAAGGAAGAUGAUACAGUUUUGACUUGAUUUUUCUGUACAUUCUAAAGAGAAACGUUUCGAGUGGGAUUACGUGUAGGUCAUCUGCUGUGAUAUGGGCAAACUUCUAAACCAUAACCUGCAGUCAUUUACUCUGAUGCAGACGGCCACCUGAAAUACUCUGGUAUUCAUUUGUGAUCAUUAAAAGUUACAGAAGAGGGAAGAGGGCAAAUUUAAACCAAAGGGUUUCUGAGAAAAGGAGAAAGGAAUCUUGUUGUUCUUAUUACUCUCUGAGACUUAAGGCAAAACUGAUAUAAAUAUUCUUGACCUAUUUGUUAUCAUUUGCUUCUCUUUCUCCCCAAUUCAACUAACAUUAAUAAGUGCAGAAAUUCUUCUCUGUUGAAAUAACUUUCUUAGGAUAUAGAAUUUACUAUAUCUCUUAGCUUUCUAUGGCUCCCAAGAACCUGCCAGAUUGUUUUCUUUUUCUCCAAAGUUGAACUUGGCUUCAUUUUUUUUUUUUUUUUUUACAUAAUGAUAAGAAUUUUAUGCCAAAUGCGGCAUUUCAAAUUUUGAAUGUAAGGGCAAAAUUGUUUGCCCUUUGCCCUUUGAACAGUGUAAUACAGUCCUCUCAAGUAUAAAGAAGAAGGUACAAGGGUUAGAGCCCUGCUCUGAGUAGGUGCUAUUGGUCAGAGGGCAUCCCUAACCAAGCUUGGAUUGACAUAUAUUAAAUCUCUAGCUGGCAAGAUUAAGCUUAAAGACCUACACGUUAAGCUAAUAUGAAAAGUCAUAUUGUGCAACAUACUAGAUCAGUCUUUCAUAUACAUCAAGCAAGUACCUGAUACAGUUAAACACUGACUUCUGUUCUUAAAUGAUUGGUUGUCUUUGGUAUAAAUGUAUAGACAAGAACCACAAAAUAAGAAACAUUCUAGUCAUCUUGGAAAAAAAAUGUCCAUAUACAUAUAUAAUCAAGUUUAUAUAUAUAUAUAUAAACUUGAUUAAGAAUUGUCUCUUAGGCAAUUAUAUUUAUAGUACAUUUGAGGCUAGAAAACAUAACUCUUCCAUUAAUGCAAAUUUGGUUUGAGAGCUAAUCCCCAAUGUUUUGAUCAAGUACUUGUCAUUUUAAAUCUUGCACCGAAAAUUAUAAGAGGAGGAAGCAGAAUCCCCCACACCCGAAUCUGCCUUCCACACCUAAGAAUGAAUCAUCUGUAUUUUUCUGAGCAUUCUAAAGAGUUGCUGUGAGGUGAAAAAUGGCCAAGUGUAAAAUACUGAUGUUGGGGGUGCAGCUCACCCACUGAAAGUCAGAUGCAAAAACUUGAGAUCCAGAAAGGCAACAAGGAGAGAACAAUGUGUCAACUCUUCAUCGGGUAGUGGACAAGGAAUGUGCACUUAGUGAGAGUUACGUUUUGCAGAAAAAUAAUUGAAUUGGACCCAUAGUAGAAGAGUAGCCAGCAAGCUACCAUCCUGAUCAAUUUGUGAUGCAAGGUUUGGAAGUAUGACACCAGACUGGUCCGUGAUAGUGAGCUAUGAACUAAAGUUAAGAAUCUUAAGCAGUAUUUUACCAACACUUCUGUUCGUGAACAUAAACAUCUGUAAUUGGGCUUUCCUUCAUCUCUGCACUGUGAAAGUACAUGGAAGGGCGAGAGUACUGAUGGGUCGAGAAUCUUGCUGGCUGCAAGAAAGAGAAUUUUGGAAGUGACCAAAGAGAUGGUCUGGCCAAACCCUCAUUUGAUGAGGAACCCGAGGCACAGGGAGGCAAUAGUCUUGCCUUCAGUUUCACGGCUGACUGAUGGCAUAUCAGGAGCCAAGGUCUUUUGCACAUGUCCCAUCACACCUGGGAUAUCAGAUAUGCAGUGUGUGUGGUACUAUUCAGCUGUGUCCCUGGACCAUGGCAGAGUUUUCUCCAUCAUCUAUCAAGCAGACUAAUCAGUUGGAUUUGGCCUAUUUGAUGACAUGGUUAGCCAUCUAUACAAAAUAUUACGCUUACUGACUCCCAUGGAUUCUAUAUCCCUCACAGUACAUAUUUGCAAACUGAAAGGCCUAAAGAGGGCAUCAUGGCAGCUAGAGCCCCUUGGCACCAUGCAAGGAGCAGGGUAUCCAAACUGCUUCUUAAGAGCUGUUUGGAAAUAUCUUCUGUUUCACUUCUAGUUGUUUAAUGUCUUAUUUAUUCUUGCGUGGCCUUUUUUUGAACUCUGGGAAAAGAUAAUAAAGCAAAAAAUAUCCUUAAGGUCAGGUGGCUGAGACCCUCCUCACUGGACCACGAGUAUUGGCUGUGCCUCUGGUUCACUGGUACUGGCUCCAGCAGGAGGCUGGACUGCUGGUUUGCUCUCAGUGAGCUACUUUGGGCUUUGAGGUAGGAGUUCGGGUUGAUGAACCCCUGUCUCUGGCUUGAAGAUGUCUCUGUGGCUCUAUUUUGUUCUCAGGCUCUUGGGGAGGUCAGCCAACUCUUCAUUAUUAGGGAGCUGACUUUCUAGUGUGUGGAUCAGCCACGCUUUCGGACACUCCUCUUUUCCAUUGUGCCUUUUGAAUGUUGGCUUCUCACUCAGCAUCCACACUUCCACCUACAUGCAGACUAGGGAGUCGGGAGAAGGAGCUAGAGUGAAGCACUGGUCAUCCAUUCAGUCAUUCGUCGAUAUCAAAUAUGUAACUGAACAUCAAGAUUGCAGAGAUCAAUACUACAUGAGUGCCAUCUUUGAGGAGUUCAGAAAUCUAGUGGGUGACCACAUGGUACAACUGAUACAUGUAACAUCGUGGUAAGUACUGCAAGAAAGCUACUAGCAGCAUGCUCCCUGGAGCACAGGAGGAAAGACAACAGAACCAUGGAAACUCAGGAAGCCUUUACAGGGGGUGUGACAAAAAUCAUUUCGACAUUUUCAAGCUAUGUACAAUGCCGUCUGUGCACCUUGCAAUGCUCAAUAAAUUAAUUGCUGACAACUCA